AUGGAUACCUUCGAGUACAAUCCCAACCCUGGUCGUGUCGUCUUCGGCAGUGGCACGCUACAAAAACUCCCCGAUGAGAUCUCUCGCCUGCAGUUGAAGGCUCCCAUAGUGCUCUCGACACCCCGACAGGUUAGCCAUGCUGAGAAAGUCAAAGAGGUACUCAAAGGCCAGGUUGCUGGGAUCUUUACCGAGGCGACUAUGCAUACUCCCACGGAUGUCACAGAUAAGGCUCUUGGGUAUGCAAAGGCCCAGGGAGCCGACUCGGUCAUUUCUAUUGGAGGCGGAAGCACCAUCGGUCUUGGGAAGGCGAUCAGCAUUCGCACUGGACUGCCACAUAUCUGUGUUCCGACUACAUAUGCUGGUAGUGAAAUGACCCCGAUCCUCGGUGAGACCGCCGAUGGAUUGAAGAAGACUCGCUCCGAUCCCAAAAUCUUGCCCGGCACAGUCAUCUACGAUGUGGACCUCACAAUGACCCUGCCGGCGGCCAUGAGCGCCACUAGCGGUGUCAACGCCAUUGCGCAUGCCGUCGAGGCUCUCUACGCGCGCAACACUAACCCAAUCAUCAACAUGAUGGCGCUCGAGGGUAUACGGGCACUUGCAUCAGCUCUUCCUGAAAUCGUUGAGAGCCCAUCUUCCCAAUCCGCACGAUCCAAGGCCUUAUAUGGUGCCUGGCUCUGUGGAACAUGUUUGGGCAGCGUGGGAAUGUCUAUCCACCACAAGCUGUGCCACACACUUGGUGGUAGCUUCAAUCUUCCCCACGCCGAGACACAUACGGCUGUCCUUCCCCAUGCCAUCUCAUAUAAUGCACCCAAUAUCCCUGAGGUUAUGAAGCAGUUGGCCGAUGCCCUGCCGGAUAGCAAUGGUGAUGCGAUCCACGGUUUGAACGUUCUCUUGACUAAGCUCAAGGUCAAGCGCGGUGUGAAAGAUUUCGGAAUGAAGGAAGAAGACAUCGACAAAGCGGCUGAUAUUGCACUAUCCAAUGCUUACUGGAAUCCUCGCCCGGUUGAACACGCGCCGAUCCGCGAAUUGCUUCGCAGGGUUUGGGCGGGAGAGCUCGCACAGGCAAACUUGUAG